CUAUUCAACAAAGAUUUGCACAUGCUUGGUGCAGUAUUAAUGGGAAAAAGGGAAAUGAGGGAGAAGCUCCUUUUCAUCCAGUGAUUAGAACAAAGAACCACAAAUGGGAUCCAGAGAGUGAGUUAUUUCUAAAUCACAAAAAUUGGGUGGAGGCAACCAAUCAAAGCAAUGGUUCUAUAUUAUGCACGCUUGCAGAAUGUCCAGACUGUAGCCCUCUGUGGAAUCAUUAUGAAAGAGAUGUGACUCUAUGGACUGCCAAACUUUCCCCAGCGAUGCCAAAGGAAAAUCCAGACACUGCCUGCUACAUGAAGAGUAAAGGGGGAAGUUCCAGCACAAUCGUUUUGGCAGAUGCAAGUAGUGGAACUUUACCAAAUCCUUUGAUGUCUACGAGAUAUGAACUGCAAGAGGUGGUUUGCAGUGACCCAUCCACACAAGGCAGAAGUAGCGUCUGCACCCUCAGAAAUGGCCAAAAGCAAGCUCCGGCCUCGCACAGUACAACCGUAUUUUCCCCCACUCAGUCGGGCAUACAUUGUACUCCAAAACACGGUUAUCAUGCGUGUUGUCAAAGCAACACCUCUAGCUCCGCUGAGGAUAUUGAGGGAUUUGAUACCAGCAACCAUGGUUCUGACCACACAAAGCUGGGUGAUGAUAAUGGACUGAAGUCAGGAAAUUCAGCGCCUUCUGGCUGUUCACGUGGUGGUAACAUGAUGCAUAACACCAGUGGCCAAUCAGUAUCGAGUGUUGGCGGUUCGGUCAUUUUCAACGUAAUUGUCAAAGUGAAUAACAGCACAGAUGAGGGCAAUAACGGGGGUGUAAAUGGCAGAACAAAAUUUACCACCGAAGAUUUGAGAGAAGGUUUUAGAGGAAGUGACAGAUUUCCCAUCGAUGAGGAGAAACCAGGCAGUAUGUGUGGUUUUGAAGUUCACCCAGAAUUGCCGGUACAAGAACAGUCUCAAAAAGCUGUGCCCUUCCCUGUGCAAGAAGAGCAAAUCAGUCUGUAUAACCAUAGGGACAGCCUUCCCAUUCAAGAGCAAAGAAACAGCAGGCAAAGCCUGGAAGGAAGUUUGACCCUUGCUGGUAGAACAGUAGACCAGGACUGUUGCUAUCAUCCCAGGAUAAAUGCCUUUCCUAUGCAAGAAGAUGGAAAAUCUGAACAUUUACCAAAAGAGGAAGAAAAUCGAUGAGCAGAGCUCCUAAUCUCAAAAUGCUUCGUUGUAGUUCUGAAAAAAUGUAACUUCAAAGCUGCUUUAGACUGUAUACUAAUAUUUUGUGAGAGAUGCUAAAUCUUAUUGUUUAUAAAUACUGGAGGCAAAGGAAGUUGUUUUGUUUGUAUAUUUUUUAAAGUUACCUAAACUUUUUAUCAACUACCUUAAACACAAGAUCACAGAAACUUUCAAAGGGGUAAGAAGAAAUUUCUCCUCCCACUCGUUCGGUCUUUCUCCAUUUUCCAUUCUAGCUCUCCUCUUUUCCCCCUUCUCACCUGCAUAUCAUCUACUGCCUCCUACUGCCCAUCCUCGUCUCUUUCCCCCAUGUCCAUGGUCCUCUCUUAACAGAUUCAUUCUUCUUCAUCCCUUUACCUUUUCCACCUAUCAUCUCCCAGCUUCUCACUUCUCACCCACCUGCCUUCCCCUCACCUAGCUCCACCUAUCACCUGCUAGCUUGUACAGCUACACUUCACCCCCCCCAACCCCGCUCCUCCUUCCUCUUGUGACUUCUUCCUCCUUCCUUUCCAGUCUUGAUGAAAUGUCUCAGCUGAAACGUCGACUGUUUAUUCCUCUCCAUAGAUGCUGCCUGACCUGCUGAGUUCCUCCAGCAUUUUGUGUGUAUUACUCUUUGCCAUCUUCACUGCCAUGUGGAAAUUAUUUUAACAUCUAGUAUUGUGACAGUGCAUGGGUAAUGAUUUUUACUCACAGCACAGGACAAUAAUAACAAUAGUUCAAACUUACAUGACACAAUUAAAUAUCCUAAGUGCCCUCAUUGGAACAGUAUCAAUUACAGCUAAACACUGCCAUAAAUGAAAUAUCAGGACAGGUGUAUUAGAGCAAAUUCUGGGCAGGAUGUAUAGCAAAAGAUUAACUUCAACCACCAAUUUUCAAAUUUGAAUAUGAACUGUAGAUUAAAUUCAAAAUGCAGCUCUGAACAAUGGGUUCCAAAGAGCCAUGAGCCAAUUAAUUAGAAGAUCAGUCAAUGCUGAUUUAACCCUAAUUUGGGUGUCUGUAGAACUGAUGUGAUGUGUGAAAGUUAUAUGUAAUUUAAAGGAAGCAUAGUAGAAACAUUGUAAAUAUAGAAUUGUCCGUUAAUCUUUAGCAUAUAAAGUGUCUUGUAAUAUUGGGUCGAGGAGGCCUCU